AUGUAACAAUACUUCUAUCAAUCAUUACAUCCAACAAAUAUAAAAAGUCCAAAAGUCCUGAAGGUGUCUCCACAACACUGUUAUGUCAUGUUCAUGUCAUCAAAUUAAGCUCCAAUUCCAUGUCUUAUUAAAACAAAUGUAGACAAUAUGACAAUUCUACCAACUCAACCACAAAAACUGAGAAAAAAGAUAUUAAACUUUUGCUCCUGCUGUCUUGAUGUCCAACCAGCAGCUUUUAUUAAAAAUACAUGCCUAUCAUUGCAUCUGAUCUGAUUCAGAUAGUAAAUCUCACCCCUCUGAUCAUUCUAUGAAUUUGCUUCAAUUCACACAUAUAAAAAUAAACUUGACAAGACAUGCAAAUAAUAAAGACAUUCAAAAAAGUUCUUCUGAUCUGAAGAUUAUAGACAAACAUGACAUCAAAGUUGUUAAAAAACAAAAAGAAACCAUGGAGAGUCCCUCCCUGUUUUCACAACAGUUCAGUUCUGACAUUUCCUGGUUCCUCCUCUCGCACUAGUCUGACCGGUUGAGUUUAGUGAAAAACUCUGCUUUGAAGAAUGCGAUUAGCAAAGUCUUACUGCGGAAGAUUAAAGAGGAAGAAAACUGACUUUUUAUAGGAAACUUUUACAAGAGAAAGUAACAUAGACAGCAACAGUAGUUGUUUAGAGAUGAAAUGGCACAACGAGGAAGUCUUGUGGAUUCAAUGAAAUUCUUUUGUUCGAUCUGUUUGGAUCUACUGAAGGAUCCGGUGACUAUUCCCUGUGGACACAGUUACUGUAUGAACUGCAUUAAAGACUGCUGGGAUGGAGAAGGUCAGAGAAGAAUCCACAGCUGCCCUCAGUGCAGGAAAGAGUUCAUACCAAGACCUGAACUGGUGAAAAACAUCAUGCUAACAGAGUUGGUGGAGGAUCUGAAGAAGACUGGACUCCAAACUGCUCCCGUUGAUCACUGCUAUGCUGGACCUGAUGAUGUGGCCUGUGAUGUCUGCACUGGGAGGAAGAUGAAAGCUGUCAAAUCCUGUCUGGUCUGUUUGGCUUCUUAUUGCAAAAAUCACCUUCAACCUCACUAUGAAUCUCCUACGUCUAAAAAACAUAAUCUGGUUGAAGCGUCUACUAAACAUCUGCAGAACAUCUGCUCUGAUAAUGAUGAGGUGAUGAAGAUCUUCUGUCGUACUGAUCAGCAGUGUAUCUGUUAUCUCUGCACUAUGGAUGAACAUAAAGGCCAUGACACAGUCCCAGCUGCAGCAGAAAGGGCUGAGAAGCAGAAGAAGCUUCAGGAGAGUCGACAACAAAUCCAUCAGAGAAUCCAGGACCAAGAGAAAGAUGUGAAGCUGCUUCAACAGGAGGUGGAGGCCAUCAAUGUCUCUGCUGAUAAAGCAGUGGAGGACAGUGAGAAGAUCUUCACUGAGCUGAUCCGUCUCCUCCAGGAAAGAAGCUCUGAUGUGAAGCAGCAGAUCAGAUCCCAGCAGGAAACUGAAGUGAGUCGAGUCAAAGAUGUUCAGGAGAAGCUGGAGCAGGAGAUCACUGAGCUGAAGAGGAAAGACGCUGAGCUGGAGCAGCUCUCACACACAGAGGAUCACAACCAGUUUCUCCUCAACUACCCCUCACUGCCAGCACUCAGUGAGUCUACACACUCAUCCAGCAUCAUUGUCCGUCCUCUGAGACACUUUGAGGACGUGACAGCAGCUGUGUCAGAGCUCAGAGGCAUAAUGCAGGACAUCCUGAGAAAAACAUGGAGAAACAUCUCAGAUGCAGUAGCUAGAGUGGAGAUUCUACUGUCAGAACUUGAACCAACUGCCAUGGAAAUGGCUGGUCAAUGUUUAAAGACUGUAUACCAUACCCCUGAUCACUCAAGUUGGACACGCAGGCCAUUCAUCCCCCCGCCCCGCUCCAGAGCCAACCCUCUACCCCCACCUGCAUCCUCUCUUUUCUCCACAGCUGAAUCCCCACCCCAACCACUCUUGCCCCCACCACCAUUAUUUAUAAUGAGAUCAAGGGGACGAGCGGGGAGACGGCUAUGAAAACCAACUGGCCUAGAAAUCUUAGUUCUGGUACUGGCACCGGGACAUUGACUGAACCAACAGUUCCUCGGAGCAGGGCCGUGCAGAAAUCUUUGGAGCUGCAGGGUUUCAUCGUUAAAAAGGUUCAUUGAACAAGAUCUUAAAACAACGUACAACAACAUAGCAACAACCCAUCAAGAAUCUAAUAUUUAAUUGGAUCCUACUGUGUCCCUGUCAUCAUGUGGGGACAAUGCAAAGCAAAUUUAGUCUUUUUUCUUGAUAGGUGUAAAGUUGUGGUUUCUGCUGCUGACAGCUGAAGGAUUAUGUUGAUCUGAGACUGUAGCUGUUAGACUAUAGGAGAGAAGGUCGCUGGUUAUGAAGUUAUGAAAUAAGCAAAUUUGCUGCUUUUUUACUAAAUAAACCCAAAUAAUAUCUGACUGUCUAUAACAACUUGGCUGCUUUAAACAUUGAAAAAGCUCAGAGGGGUUAACUCUGCAUAAUGUUUUUGAUGUUAGCACCUCUGAGAAUUUUAAGAUUUAAAAAAUAUCAGGGCAAAGAAAACUCAGUAGCUGCUGGUAGGGCCCGUCCAGACAUUCAGGGGCCUGUCCAGACAUUCAGGGGCCAA